AUGUCUCUCCUCUCAGUUCCAAAACGCCUUGUUUUGGGGUCAUCUCUCUCAAUACUUAACCAAGCUAGGAAACCAAGAAGAUCCUAUUGUUUCAAAAUGUCGGCCCAGUCAUCACAGCCCCUCACCCACUCACUCACCUUGCCAACUCAACUCGGUCAACCCAUUCAAAUCGUUGCUGCACCAGGGGUCUCUGAUUCUCAGUUCAGGAGUGCUAUUGAAUCUUCGUUGUUUAAGCAGUGGCUAAAAAACUUGGAAUCUGAAAAUGGGAUUUUAGCUACUGGGUCAUUCUUAUUGAAACAAGUACUUGUUCAGGGAGUGGAUAUGUUCGGACAACGAAUAGGUUUUCUAAAAUUCAAAGCAGAUGUUUUCGAUAAGAAGACUGGACAGAAGGUUCCAGGUAUAGUAUUUGCACGAGGACCUGCUGUAACAGUGUUAAUUCUUUUGGAGUCUGAGGGUGAGACCUAUGCUGUUCUCACUGAACAGGUUAGGGUGCCCACAGGGAGACUUGUUUUGGAAUUGCCUGCUGGGAUGCUGGAUGAUGUCAAGGGUGAUUUUGUUGGGACAGCAGUUCGUGAGGUUGAAGAGGAGACUGGUAUUCACUUGAGUCUUGGAGACAUGGUUGACCUCACGGCCUUCCUGGAUCCAUCCACUGAAGGCAGAGUUUUUCCUUCUCCUGGAGGAUGCGAUGAGGAAAUCAGUGUGUUCCUUUAUAGAGGAUGCGUUGAUAAAGAAAUCAUCACACAGCUCCAAGGAAAAGAGACUGGCCUUCGCGAACAGGGAGAAAUGAUAAAGGUUCGUGUAGUUCCAUAUAGGGAACUCUGGCGCAUGACAGCUGAUGCUAAAGUUUUCAUGGCCAUUGCGCUCUAUGAGAUGGCUAAAGGAGGACGACUGUUGCCUCCGACAACAUAG